AUGUCAAGACUCCUGAGGAGAACAGUUGCAGCAGCAAUCGGAAUACUAGGAAUAGGUACGCCCGAGGUUCUUGCAGACGCGCAGGCAGGUGCCAGCAAGGUGGUUCUGGGUAUAGACUUGGGAACUACAAAUUCGGUUAUAUCGGUCUUUGAUAAGGCCAAGAGCACGGUGGAGACUAUCCAGAUAGACGGAAAAGUGAGCAUGCCCUCUUUCAUAAAGAUGGACAUAAAGAAAGAGAGCGAGCUCCCAAAGAGCCUCGUAGAGCAGAUGGACAAAAUCCGAAAGGACUACAAGAAGGGAGACUACUACUACUACAACGGCAUGUGGAUCCUGAACUCCUUCAAGGGAAAGAUCGACCCAAUUGUGGGAUGGCCUGCAAUGGAAAAGAUGAAGAACGAGAAGACCUCAGUGAGGAACUACCUGUACCGAUUCAAGCCUCUUCUGGCCAGAAGCAUGCAGGAGGACGCAGACAUGGGGGUGAUCGACACCACCAGGAAGAACGUGAAGUACGGGAUAACCCAGAAGUACGACAGCGACAUAAACAAGAAGGUGCUUGCAAUUUCCAUCACGGACGACACAGGAAAGGAGAUCGCGUGGGUGACCCCGCAGAGCCUCAGUACGAUGGUCCUGGAGGAGCUCAGGCAGAAGUUUGAGGCGCAGUGGUACAAGAAGGCCUCGGAGAGAACCGAGGAGGAGCAGGCCGAGGCAAAGCAGAAGAAGAAGUGCGUGGUCACAGUGCCCGCAUACUUCAACAUCGACCAGAAGGACCAGACGAGAGACGCAGCCGCAUACUCUUUGCUCGACGUAUACAGCGACGGAAUUAUCAACGAGCCAACCAGCGCAGCAAUUGCCUACGCAUACACAUGCGCAAGGGCAAAGAAGCUUUCGGACCUCGAGGAGAAAAACUUCCUGGUCUUCGACUUUGGAGGAGGUACUCUGGAUAUGUCGUACUUGAACCUGGGAGCGGACAGCGACGUGCUCAUCGUGGAGGGGCACGUGGGAGACAACUUCUUGGGGGGAGAAAACAUCAACGACAUAAUAUACCACGAGUUCCUGAAACAGCUUAAGAGCAAGUACGGAAUAGAGUCCUCGUCGUUCCCCAUAAACACCUCACUGAGGCUGCGGUCGCUUGUGGAGGAGAUGAAGAUCAGCCUCUGCAACAAGCAGAACGCCGUGGACGAGAAAAUCCGAAAGGAGGCGCUCAGAAACAAUAUUAAGGCAGACUACAGCAAGACAAACGAGUCUGUGAAGGGAAGUUUGUUCAUUGAAGACUCCGCAGGAAAACAGAUGGACUGCGAGCUAGAGCUCACCGCAAACAAGCUGCAGGAGAUAUGCACACCAGUGUUCAACAAGAUAAUGGAUCUGAUAGACAACCAGGUAGACCAAAACUCAAACGAGGCCCAGGGGCUUAUGCAGAAGCUCAAGUCCAUCUCCAAGAAGACAGAGGUGAAGCAGAUGCUGUACGUGGGAGGAUCGAGCAGGCUCUUUGGCGUCAGAAGGCUGCUGCUCGAGCAGUUCCCGAACGCAGACCACUGCUUCGACCUGGACCCAGACACAUGCGUGUCCGUGGGGGCAGCGUACUACGCAGCCUCGCUCGAGGGAAUGAUUGAGGAGGACAACUUUGUGGCGUUGGUCGACGUCCUGCCCAUGAGCAUGGGUAUUCUCCUCGAGAACGACAAGUUCGGAGUGAUUGCAAAGGCUGGAAAGCAGGUGCCAAAUGUGUUCUACGAGCAGUUCAUCACCACAACAGACGCACAGAAGUCCGUCAGAAUAGUGGUGGGGCAGACGUCAACAGAGACCAUCCGGUUCAGCAACACCAAGGUGGUUGGGACGUUUGACCUGAACAUGCCAGAAAACAACCUUCCAAAGGGAAAGAAGCUUAUCAGAGUCGUCUUUGACUUUGGUGUCGCUGGAGACAUGGAGGUCACCGCGCACGAAGUCGCCGAGAACGGAGAGCUUAUGCCAAAUGCAGAGAAGAUCACCAUCAAGAAGGACAAGAGAAGACUUUCCGAUGAGGAAAUUAGAGAGCUCAAUGAGAGGUACGAGAAGACCAAGGAGACCGAGGCCAAGUGGGCUGAGAGGUGCGACAAGAUCGAGGAGGUGAAGGCCAUUGUAAACGGCUUCAGAGAAGAAGCCAACAGGCUCCCAGACACCCACCCGAAGAAGAAGGUGCUCAACGACCUGUACAAAGAGGGAGACUACUGGAUCAGCAUGGAGGUCAAGGCCAAAGAGGACGUCAGCGACGAGGACAUGAUCCAGAAGAUCCAGGAGAAGAUGGCAGACCUGCAGGCAGCAUACUCUGCGCUUUCGAAACUGGACGAAGAGAAGGGCAGCAUGCCAACGCCUUCCGCAGGGGAAACAGAAGAAAUCAUCCCAAGAGAAGACCUUUAG